ACAUACCUUGAGAAGGUAGUCUCAGUUGAGCUGGAUGUUCUGGAAACAGAGUGUCACGUGUUGGAUCCAACUCCUGUCGAGAAUUGUACUGUAAGACAACAGGAUCACCAUGCUGUUAAAUCAGAAUGUGUUGUCAGGAUCCACAGAGAGAACGGCGACAAAGUGUCUGGUGCAAACUGCCACUCAAAACCAGAUUCUGUGGAAAAUGUGCGUCGAAAUUGUCCAAAAUGUCCAAUUCUGGUGCCUCUGAAUGACCCUCAUGUGGUACAAUCUGUUGAAUACGUGCUCCAUAAACACAAUGAACAACAGCCUAACCAUGCUUAUGAAGUGCUUGAGAUUUCAAGAGGACAGCACCAAUAUGAGCCUGAAGCUUUCUACGUGGAGUUUGCUAUUGUGGAGACCAACUGCUCUGCUCAGGAAGCUCAUGAUGACCAUCAUGACUGCCAUCCCAAAGCAGCAGGAGAAGCACAUAUUGGAUUCUGCAGAGCGACUGUUUUUAGAUCACAUGCUGCCCUUGAAAAACCUAAAGAUGAACAGUAUGAGUCGGACUGUGUCAUCUUUGAUGUCAAGGAGGGACAUUCUCACACCCAUUUGAUUGAGCAUCACUAUGGAAAAAAUAUUCCUUCACCAGGACACAACAAUGUUGUCCUGGACCUCGCCCAUUCGCACAAUCACACAAGCUCCCCUUAUGUCUCUGAUUCUCACGAACGUGUGGUAGAAGUGAUAAAAGUGAUAGAACUCCCACUUCCUGUGGCCAAAAGAGAAGCUCCAACAGAGACAGCACGUGAUCACGCAAAAGCUGCACCCUUGUGUCCAGGAAAAAUACAUCACUUCAAGUUGUAGGCCAGCCAUGCCAGAGAGCAGAGAGAAGCCGCCCAGUUAGUGCCAAACCCCUUUUCCAAAUCUGAACUCAAACCUUGAAUCCAAAAAGGAGUUUUACUCUGAUACAUUAUAGUAUUGGCCAAGUGUUGUGAUCACCCGUUGUUGUUGUUACAAGAAAGAGGCUUUGUAUUUGUGCCUUUCUGCUUUUAGAAAUGCAGAUCUCACUGUGUACUUAACAUCUUCCAGUCUCCCUCUGUUCAGCCAAGGAACGACUAGAAAGUUGAAGAGAAGUUAUAUUAGCCCCAAAAUCAAAAUUCUUCUUCUUUUUUU